AUGCGGCGUCUCAAAAAUGUGUUCCGGUCCGGAUCUGAGACAACUAACCCUGCUUCAUCUCGUGCUGUCUGGCAACGGCGACGUCAAGGGUCUGAGGGAGAGCCAUUGAAACCUCAACCAGAAGCCGCUUCGAGUGAAUUACAACGUGAUGAGCAGACGACCGAAGCAGGACCUAGCACUGCGAACAAACUAUCUUCCUCGGCCGCAGCAGCCCCCGUUGACAAUACCGAAACUGGGUCGAAUGUCCAACACGCUCAAGACACUGGCGAACUUCCUUCUCGGUCCAAGAAUGGCACUAGGCGUCUGAAGAGAAUGGUUGCUUGCAUCCGUGGCAGCUUAUCUCAAGACGAUGAUCCCAUCACGGGCACACAGCCUCAAACUACGCAGGAGAGUGCCCGUGAAGGAAGAACGAGCUCCAUACCUUUAUCCUCCAAUCCCAUUGAACUAGAUACUGCCGAGGGGCCGUCCACAACCGCUGGCAAAUCUGUCAGAUUCAAUGACCCUAAAGAGCGGCGGAAGACCAGCGGACAGACGACUCAUUCUCAGGAUUCCAGCCAGACCGAGGAUACUAUCUGCCGAGAUCCUGCCCAGCGCAUCAAUAUGCCUUUUCAGGAGGAACCUUUGGAGGAGUGGGGAUGGCCGGGACUGAUGCUGUAUUGCCCGGAAAGUAGCAGCAAUACCAAAACUCAUAUCCAGGAGUCUUCGGAUCCGUUCUCAGAUGGGAAGGCCGCCGACGUCAGACAAGCAAAGCCGGGACCUUCGAGGCGUAGCGCGGGCACGAGCCGGGAGGAAUCAUCGAGAGCUUCUGAAGGGACACUGGAGCCUAUCGCGGAGACUGAUUUUGACACAAUCGAACCGGUCAUUGAACCAGCCGAGCCCGACCAUGCGGAUUCUCAAAGGGCAAGUUCGGCCAACAGCCAAACAAGUCGAGUUAGUUGGAGUAGUACACUUGACGCGCCAAAAGCGAUCUCAGCCUUUAACCGGAUGGCAUCUCAGUUCGGUAUCCCGAUUGCUAUUCCAGAUGAUGAUACUCCAAGCCCACCAGCCGAGGGCAAUCCUGCCGCCGAGGAACAGGGGCCGAGUCGUCGUGGAUUUGGAUUGUUGGGUAAAGUUCGCAAGGUGCGAUCUAGUUUGGAUGCCAACACAACCCCUUUGGCACCACCUCCUAAGCUGCGACGAAUGAAAACAUUCGCAAACCUACGUCGUCCCACUCCGAUGACUUCGUUGCAAGGAAGAUCGAUCGAGACUUUGGCCCGUCUUGGAGGAUAUGGCUAUCUUAUGCUGAAGGACUUGGGCCCCUGUCCCGUGCAGCUGCCCGCGUACAUUGUGGCAACGCUGAUGUUUCUGCAUAAAUAUGGUCUUGACACUCCCGAGAUCUUCAUCCAGUCCGGCGAUCUGAAAACUGCCAUUCGCUUGUAUGACCACUUUGCUAGCCAGGUGCUUGAGGUGGAGAAAGAUGAGAGCAAGAUUUCCCUUACCAUGCGUGUGGUUGCCAUGCCCCAGCUCCGUGAAGACUCGGCGCCCGUGUUGAGUGUGGCCUGGGCCUUAAAGGCCGUGCUGGCGGGGCUUCCAAACGGGAUCCUCGGGAGUGUCCGGCUCUACCAGGUUUUGAGGGAAAUGUACUAUCACUCCAUCCCCAAUCAAUCCCAUCAACUCCGUGUACCAGACUGUAUCUCUGAUGCGAGCCCAAUGACUGCCGCCCGAGUACAGCUUAUGUGUCUUGCGCUUAUUGCCCUUGCACCUGAGAUGCAGCGCGAUUUGAUCUGUGCGGUAUUUGGGCUACUUUCCUUGUUGGUAAAUGCAGAGACCAACGUCCAGGACCAACCCGGGAUGGAGCUCCGUGAUCCAGUGGCGAGUCCGAACUUCCACGAGUUGGUGCGGGUGUUUGGACCGCUCCUCCUCGGGCCCAGGGGGCAAGAGGACCGAGAAGGGGCCUCAACAGAGGUUGAAAAGGAGAUUGAUGAUCAACGCGUGGCAGUUACAACACUGGACAAGUCGACGCUUCUCUACCUGGACAUGUCUACCAACCUCAAAUCUGCAAUGCCAUCAGGGCUACCAUCGGGGUUAUCAUCAGGGUUACCUCCAGGCCUUGGAAACAACAUCAACAUCGACCCAUCACCAUUCACAACUUCCUUCUCAGGUGAUUUCCUAGGCCUCCCCAUUCCAGACGACGACCAACUUUGGGGUCUGAGCCCCAUCUCACCAAUGGCCACAGGCUGGGACAAACCCGACUCGGCAGCAUUUGCCAAUUCCGCACUCGAGCGGGACCUCAAAAACGCCCAAGUCCGAAAUGGCCAACCAACCCCGCCCCCAUACGACGAUCAAGGCCGCGACCUUUCCCUAGACAUGUUGGAAAGCGCCAGCAAACGACGGCGGGCGCGAGAAUACAAAACCGCCGCUGCAAGCCUCAGUCCAGAUCUCGACGAGGCCCCACACGAACGCGCCAAGCGUGCCAAGUUCCUCGAGCGAAACCGUCUCGCAGCAAGCAAGUGUCGCCAGAAGAAGAAGGAACAUACCCAGCUGCUGGAAUUCAAUUUCAAGGAACAGUCCGAGAAGAAGGAAAAGCUGAUCGGGGAGAUUGCCCGGCUGCGAUCGGAGAUCCUCGGAUUGAAGAAUGAAGUACUGAAACAUGCUCAGUGUGGAGACGAGCCGAUUAAACUUCAUCUCGCUCAGAUGGUAAAGAAGAUUACUGAUAACGAUGCCCCGCCUGCGGGUACGCUACCUGAUUCGCCCGUCAGAAUCCCAGAUAACAAUCCCUCUGUCUCCCCGCUCGAACCCAACCCCGCUCCGGUUACGACUGCUGCGCCUGUGUCUGUUCCGGCGGCGCCGGCGACGAUGUCGUUUGGCUUUGAUGAUCCUCUCCAACUUGAGCCUGCUGCAGCGGCUGCGGCCGAGGCGUUUGAACAACAGAUGCGCCGUGAGUCGGAGGCUUCGCUGGUCUCGGAGGGGUCUUAUUCUUUCUCGGCGGAGGAUACAUUUGAUGAUUUGAUCAAUGUGUGA